AUGGAGUACAUGGGAAGCAAUAUAACAUACAACAAAGACAUAUACAGUGAGUUUAAGUACUACUGUGAACAGCAUGAGAUUGAAGUAAUGAGUAAAGGAGACUUUGAAACGCUUAUGAAAGACAGUAAGGAGGUCGUUCAUGAGAACAGUGUUGAAAUAGUUCAUGAGAACAGUGAGGAGGUCAUACAUGAAUGCAAUGAUGAAAUAGUUCACGAUGUCGUUCGUGAAGAAGCCAUUGCAACAAAGAAUGAUAAAGGAUUUCAUAGAACUUAA